AGUCGAGAUAGCCAAAGAUUAGAAUCCCUAGUUACCCAUAGGUGGGAAAUGUGUUUGUAUCCGUGGUAGUUGAUAAAACAUCGAUCCUCAGCAAGGUAGAUUGCAAAGGUUUUCCACUCAUCCUCAACCAUUCACUAGUGUAUAAAAAAAUCGUGAUCUGUACAGUUACCGAAAAUAGUAUACUCCCGUGAAAAAUGCAACUGAAUGAGUGCCACGUAACGGUAGUAGUGAGUCAUUGAGAAAUUUCGCGUAUGAUGUGCCCCUGAAUUAUUAUCUUUUUAUCAAUCUUCCGUCCUAUCCGUGCCAACAAUUCAAAUAUUUGAAUAUUUUCCCCUAAAAAAUGAUGGACCGGUCUAUAACCAGUAUAGAGUAGAAAAAUUUUUAAUCACUUCACACCAAAAUAUGUUGUUCGAUUAUGCUCUGGGCGUGAUCCGUUUUCAUUAAUAAGAAAAGUUUAGUUUUGUGAAAAAAAAAAAAAAAAAAAAAAAAAACGACCCGUCGAUUUCAAAUGGGUAACUCACCUUCGAACUACCCAGAGCACAGGACCGUCUUUAUCAGUCCCAAGAACGAUCCAAACACUUCGGAAUUUCCGCACAAUCGCAUAACAACUAACAAGUACACGCUAUGGAAUUUUCUACCGAAGAAUUUAUUCGAGCAGUUUCGUCGGGUGGCAAAUUUCUAUUUUCUGAUAACAGCCAUCAUCGCGUUCGCGAUAGAAUCGCCGAUAUCUCCCUUAACGAGUACUCCGGCUCUAGUCUUCGUCAUUGUUGUGACCGCCGGAAAACAGGGGUACGAAGAUUGGCUCCGGCAUCGAUCGGAUGUCAGAGUAAAUCGCGCCCUUGUUACGGUCAUUCGGAACACAUCGACCCAGAGUAUCCAUUGCGAGAAGCUCGUAGUCGGUGACCUUGUAAAGGUCAAUUGCAACGACGAAGUACCUUGCGACCUUGUUCUUCUCUGCAGCAGCGAUCCGACCGGCUGCUGUUACGUUACAACUUCAAAUCUUGACGGAGAAACAAAUCUCAAGACCCUCCAGGUGCCUCGUGUUGUAUCGUCCUUGCCAGUUUCUAAAAUAGUUUCAAUGGAGGCAACGGUGACUUGCGAGCACCCGUUAGCGGAUCUUUAUCGUUUCCACGGUAAAUUGGAGAUAAAAAAUGGGACGGAAACGACCUCGGGAUUUCUGACAAUUGAAAACAUACUUUUACGAGGAGCCAGGAUAAAGGACACCGCUCACGUUAUCGGAUGUGCGGUAUACACGGGACAAGAUACUAAAUUAUCAUUAAACUCCAAAGUGACGAUCAAUAAAUUUUCUACCGCUGAAAGGUCAAUCAAUACGUACCUCAUCAUUUUCAUAAUCGUUUUAGUGAUCGUCGUUGUACUUUCCACCGUUAUGAAAUCUGUCAUAGAACUAAACUCGAGUUGGAGCGGAUAUUUAGGCGAAGCGGAUGCCAUAACGGUGCAAUCCCUCGUUAUCAAUGUUCUAUCCUUCGUAGUUCUCUAUAAUUACAUAGUACCGAUAUCCUUGUACGUUACUGCCGAGAUGCAAAAAUUUGUCAGCUCUUUAUUUUUCGCCUGGGACAACGACAUGUACGACAAGGAAUCCGAUCAGUCGGCCUUAGCGAAUACUUCGGACCUCAACGAAGAACUUGGCCAGGUCGAGUAUUUAUUCUCUGACAAAACCGGUACACUUACGGAAAAUCUGAUGGUGUUCAGGCGUUGUUCCAUAGACGGGAAUGCCUACAUGGAAAAAGAUUGCGACGGCAAUCUCUACCUUCUACCUCCGAGUGGGAACGAGAAGGAGGCCGUGAAACUCACCGCCUGGCGGCCGGUGAUUUGGCACUUUAUGAUUGGAAUUUCUUUGUGCAACGUCGUCCACAUAGCACCGCCCAGCCAACGAGCAAGUAUCGUCGCCCGGAGGUCAUUUUUUCGGAAAAGUUUUCGAGAGAAAAAAACUUCAGUGAUCAACAGUUCGCUGCUGAUGCAUCCGGAUUUACCGGAAUAUCAAGCUGCGUCGGCCGAUGAAAAAGCUCUGGUCGAAGCCAGCGCGAGAUGCGGUGUUGUUUUUCAUAAGAAUAGCGGAGAUGUAGUGGAAAUUCGAAUAAAGAAUGAUACCCUCAAGUUCAAAAAACUCGAUACUUUCGAAUUCACCUCCGAAAGGAAAAGGAUGUCCGUCAUAGUCCAGGACGCUGCAGGAGACAUCUGGCUGUACUGCAAGGGCGCAGAUUCUUCGGUUUGCCCUUUAAUCGAUAACGGAAAAUUGGCCGAAACUUACGAGCACCUCACAGAUUUCUCAAUGCGAGGCCUGCGCACCUUAGUUAUCGCUUACAAAAAGUUGAAAAAAUCCGAUUACGAACGUUUAAUGAUAAGCGUCGAACGAGCCCGUGAAAUAAUUGGUUCCGAACGCGUGGCUCAUGUGGAGAGAUGCUACAGGUCGAUAGAAAAUGGACUCACAUUGUUAGGGGUCAGCGCGGUCGAAGACCGUCUUCAAGAGGGUGUACAAGAGACCUUGGAGAGUCUGAGAGCCGCGGGCAUAAAAGUCUGGGUGCUGACCGGCGACAAAGGGGAGACCGCCGAAAACAUCGCUUAUUUAUGCGGACACUUUAAAAAGGGAAGCGAAAUCUUACGACUCAUGGGUCACAUGUAUUCCGAGAGCUGUUUUGUUGCCCUGACGAGUUUUCAACGGAUGAUAAAACUCGAACCGUUCAAACAGUUCGGCAUAAUAAUCGACGGUGUUAGUAUGGAAAUCGCUUGCAGAGAAUACCCAAGUUUGUUGCGGACGGUAACAAUGGCUUGCGAAUCUGUAGUCUGCUGCAGGUUGUCACCUCUUCAAAAAUGCGAGAUGGUACAGAUAGUGAAACAGUCCGAAGAAAGACCCAUAACUGCCGCAAUUGGUGACGGUGGUAACGACGUUUCAAUGAUUCAGGAAGCUCACGUGGGAAUCGGAAUUAUGGGGAAAGAAGGACGACAGGCUACAAUGAGCGCAGACUUUGCCUUCGCCAAAUUUAGAUUCCUAAGGAAAGCUCUUCUAGUACACGGACACUGGUAUUACGUACGGAUCAGCGUGCUUAUUCAGUAUUUUUUCUACAAAAAUUUACUACUCGUUGCACCUCAAUUGUAUUUCGCAAUUCAUAGCGGGUUCGCGGCUCAGCUUCUCUUCGACAGCGUAUUUUUGAUGUGUUACAACGUUUUUUUUACCUCUAUACCGAUAUUAAUUUACGGUUUAUUAGAGCAGGACUACAGUGCUCACGUUUUGCUCAAAUACCCCCAGUUGUAUAGACUGUAUAAAAAAAAUUAUUUGCUCUCAAGUAAACAGUUCAUUAUAUGGACAAUUAGCGGAAUCUGGCAUGCUAGCGUAGCGUAUUUUGUACCCUACUUUUGCUUGUACAUAAAUCCCGUCAUUUUGCACGACAAUACACCAGCGGAUCACUGGAGCUACAGCACAUUGAUUCACUACAUAAUCGUUAUAGUGUGCAAUAUUAAGCUUCUGCUGUGCAGCGCCUAUUGGACAUUACCAUUCGUACUAACCGUGACGCUUUCUAUAUUGAGUUUUAUCUUAAUCGCAUUGAUAUACUCUACGAUAACGACCCGCUUUGACGGUGAUAUGAUAUGGGUCAUGCACAGUUUACUAGCAUCAUUGACAUUUUGGUUACUAACAACAUUUUCAAUAAUAAUGUGCCUUUUACCCGAUUGCCUUGUUGCUCUGUACAACCGAUAUCGACCGCACAGAGUUGGAAGAAAAAUUAUUUCACGGACUGAUCGCACCGCGGCUAAUAAUUUAUCGGAUAACAAUUCAAACAACGAACAUGCAACCGCCAACUCGGUAUUGGGAAGAUUACUGAUCAACUUCUCAUUGCGGAGAGCGAAUCUUUUCUCUAGUGAGAAAUUAUGAUCAGAUAGACCUAAUUCAAUGGCUUUUUUUUUUCUUAUUUUUCUUUUUGACUCGGCCGUUUUCACGUAAUUUUUGCGGUAAGCUCUUCAUAUUUCUUGUGAAAUUUUUACUUCGAAUCUGUUCACCCCGAUAAAUCUUUCUCCGAACUCUCUAUCAACCACUCGAAUGAAAUAACAUUAGAAAUAUUAAUAAAAGUCAUCGUGUUUUCUGAGUU